AUGCGACUUAUAGUGGGGUCGGAUUGCGAGGCUGUUGAUAUCAGAAUUUGGAUUGGGUAUGCGGUUGAACAUGGUUUACGUGAGCUAGAACUCGAUUCUUUCUCGGAUGAAAUCAUCCAGUUGCCAAGUAACAUCUACACUUGUAAAACACUCGAGAUCUUGAAACUCAAGAACUGUGUUCGUGUAGAUGUUCCUAACUCCCAAGUUUGUUUCAAGUCCCUCAAGAUCCUAAACCUUCAACUUGUGUACUUCAAGGACGAUGAUUCCGUGCGUAGGCUCUUCUCAAGUUGUAGCAAUCUUGAAGAGUUGGUUGUUAAACGAUACAUGGACAAUGUGACAAACUUCACUAUUGAAGUACCAUCUUUAAAGAGAUUAUCAAUACAUGAUUGUAGCGAUGGAGAUGGUCGAAGAGGUUACGUGAUAAACACUCCUUCUUUGAACUACUUGUCCAUUAAAGGACUUAACGAUUUUGAGCUUUCUCUUGAGAAUACGCCGGAGCUAAAAGAGGCAAAGAUUAUUGAUAUUGCUGAUAUAAAUACUGCCAAGAUUCUCCUACCUCUUGCCUCAUCAGUCAAGCGUCUCUCCUUGUCUUUAUCGCCUUUACAGGAGUCGGUGAAAUACAAUGAGUGCGUGUCUACCUCACAAUUUCAAAAACCUAUUAAUGUUCCUCCUUGUUUGUUACUCUACCUACAAAGAUUCGAGUGGGAAAGAUACAAUGGACUACGUGAAGAAGAGAGACAAGUUGCGUUGUACAUACUAGCAAAUGCGAAACAUUUGAAGGAAGCGAAUUUCUGGACGAGAAAUUCUAACUCGAAUGAGAAUUUUGAGAUGUUAAAGGAGUUGGCUCGUGAUCCUAAGGCUUCACCUUCGUGUCGGUUUCUCUUUGAUGAGAAGAGAAAAAGUUCUCUUAGAUGA